AUGGUGGGAGGCGUGGCAGCAGGAGCUGAGGCGGAGGCCAUGGAGGGGGCCGCUCACUGGCGAUGUCUCAGAGGCCUCAAAUGCAGGCGUCAGACGCCGGGAAGACACUCUGGCCAGUUUGAAGACACCAACUUCGUGCUGGGCAAUGCUCAGAUAGUGGAUUGGCCCAUCGUGUACAGCAAUGACGGGUUCUGCAAGCUGUCCGGCUACCACCGCGCCGAGGUCAUGCAGAAAAGCAGCGCCUGCAGCUUCAUGUAUGGGGAGCUGACUGACAAGGACACGGUCGAGAAGGUGCGCCAGACCUUGGAGAACUAUGAGAUGAACUCCUUCGAGAUCCUGAUGUACAAGAAGAACAGGACACCCGUGUGGUUUUUUGUGAAGAUCGCUCCGAUCCGGAAUGAGCAGGAUAAAGUGGUUCUGUUCCUCUGCACUUUCAGUGACAUCACCGCGUUCAAGCAGCCGAUCGAGGACGACUCGUGCAAAGGUUGGGGCAAGUUCGCUCGGCUGACCAGAGCUCUGACGAGCAGCAGGGGGGUCCUGCAGCAGCUGGCGCCCAGUGUGCAGAGGGGAGAGAAUGUCCACAAGCACUCACGCCUGGCAGAGGUCCUGCAGCUGGGCUCAGACAUACUUCCACAGUACAAGCAAGAGGCGCCAAAGACACCCCCCCACAUCAUCUUACACUACUGCGUCUUUAAGACCACGUGGGAUUGGAUCAUCUUGAUCUUGACCUUCUACACGGCCAUCCUGGUCCCUUACAACGUGUCUUUUAAGACCAGGCAGAAUAACGUGGCCUGGCUGGUGGUGGACAGCAUCGUGGACGUCAUCUUCUUGGUGGACAUUGUUCUGAAUUUUCACACCACCUUUGUGGGGCCAGCGGGGGAGGUGAUCUCUGACCCCAAACUUAUCCGAAUGAACUACCUGAAGACAUGGUUUGUCAUCGACCUCCUGUCCUGUUUGCCAUACGACGUCAUCAACGCUUUUGAGAACGUGGAUGAGGGCAUCAGCAGCCUGUUCAGUUCCCUGAAGGUCGUGCGGCUGCUGCGUCUCGGGCGCGUGGCCCGCAAGCUGGACCACUACAUCGAGUACGGCGCUGCCGUGCUGGUGCUGCUGGUGUGCGUGUUCGGGCUGGCUGCCCACUGGAUGGCCUGCAUCUGGUACAGCAUUGGCGACUACGAGAUCUUUGAUGAGGACACCAAGACGAUCCGCAACAACAGCUGGCUCUACCAGCUGGCCGUGGACACGGGCACGCCAUACCAGUUUAACGGCUCCGGCUCGGGGAAGUGGGAAGGCGGCCCGAGCAAGAACUCCGUGUACAUCUCCUCGCUCUACUUCACCAUGACCAGCCUCACCAGCGUGGGCUUUGGGAACAUCGCCCCGUCCACAGACAUCGAGAAGAUCUUCGCAGUGGCCAUCAUGAUGAUUGGCUCUCUUCUGUACGCCACCAUCUUUGGGAACGUGACAACCAUUUUCCAGCAGAUGUACGCCAACACCAACAGGUACCACGAGAUGCUCAACAGCGUCCGGGACUUCCUGAAGCUCUACCAGGUGCCCAAAGGGCUGAGCGAGCGCGUCAUGGACUACAUCGUGUCCACCUGGUCCAUGUCCCGAGGCAUCGACACAGAGAAGGUCCUGCAGAUCUGCCCCAAGGACAUGCGAGCUGACAUUUGCGUGCACCUGAAUCGCAAAGUGUUCAAGGAACACCCCGCCUUCCGGCUGGCCAGCGAUGGCUGCCUGCGGGCCUUGGCCAUGGAGUUCCAGACGGUGCACUGCGCCCCGGGGGACCUCAUCUAUCACGCUGGGGAGAGUGUGGACAGCCUCUGCUUCGUGGUCUCGGGCUCCCUGGAGGUGAUCCAGGAUGACGAGGUGGUGGCCAUCCUAGGGAAAGGAGACGUGUUUGGAGACGUUUUCUGGAAGGAAGCAAUGCUGGCACAGUCCUGUGCCAAUGUGAGGGCCCUGACCUACUGCGACCUCCACGUGAUCAAGAGGGACGCCCUGCAGAAAGUGCUGGAGUUCUACACAGCCUUCUCACACUCCUUCUCCCGGAACCUGAUUCUCACCUACAACCUGAGGAAGAGGAUUGUGUUCCGGAAGAUCAGCGAUGUGAAACGGGAAGAGGAGGAGAGGAUGAAACGAAAGAAUGAGGCCCCCCUCAUCCUGCCUCCUGACCACCCUGUCAGGAGACUUUUCCAAAGGUUCCGCCAGCAGAAAGAAGCCAGGCUGGCAGCAGAGCGAGGGGGCCGGGACGCGGACGACCUGGACGUGGAGAAGGGCAACGCCCUCACGGACCAUACCUCAGCCAACCAUAGCCUGGCGAAGGCCAGUGUGGUCACAGUGCGUGAGAGCCCCGCCACACCCGUGUCCUUCCAGGCAGCCUCCUCCUCCACAGUGUCAGACCAUGCCAAGCUGCAUGCACCAGGAUCAGAGUGCCCAGGUCCCAAGGCGGGCAGUGGCGACUGUGCUAAGCGCAAAGGCUGGGCCCGCUUCAAGGAUGCCUGUGGGAAGGGUGAGGACUGGGACCGGGUCUCCAAGGCAGAGUCCAUGGAGACGCUGCCCGAGAGGACAAAGGCGUCAGGCGAGGCCACCCUGAAGAAGACGGACUCCUGUGACAGCGGAAUCACCAAGAGUGACCUACGUCUGGACAACGUGGGUGAGGCCAGGAGCCCUCAGGACCGGAGCCCCAUCCUGGCUGAGGCCAAGCACUCCUUCUACCCCAUCCCCGAGCAGACGCUGCAGGCCACAGUCCUGGAGGUAAAGCAUGAGCUGAAGGAAGACAUCAAGGCCUUGAACGCCAAGAUGGCCACCAUUGAGCAGCAGCUGUCUGAGGUACUCAGGAUACUAAUGUCCAGAGGGCCCUCCCAGUCUCCUCAGGAGGCUCGAGACAUCUCCAGGCCCCAGUCCCCGGAGUCAGACAGAGACAUUUUUGGAGCAAGCUGAGAGGAACA